AUGUCGUCCGGUAAUUCGUCUUCUCGUCGUCAUCGUGGACCCAAACAAUCUCGUUGUUACCGUGCUCCCACUCCUGCUUCCUAUACUUCUACAUCGGCUAGUUCAACAGCAAGUUCGACGGCUCCCGUAUCUCCAAUGGUUUCGGAGCGUGACAGUGUUCGCAGCACCAGAAGCAUUGGAUCAUGCGUUUCAAUUGUGAAAAGUGCUUUGUGCAGCGUCGUAGCUCCGGAUCUCGAAAUCAAACAUGGUGAUGUCAAAAAUGUCUACCAGUUGAAAGACAAAGGAAGACUUGUUGUGAUCAAUCGUACCAAUGGAGAAAUCGUCUACAUGCUUCGUUGUGUGGAUGGAAGACGUGUAUUCAUUGAAAAAGGGGCUGAGGGAGCAUCUUUGAUCAUCACUAAUCCGAAAGGAAAAGUCAUCAAGUCAAUUGCUGCACAGUACCCUGCGUAG